AUGGCUGAGCAGCAGGGGUUGUUGCUGGACAGAGAUCAGCUGUGUUGUUCAAUCUGCCUGGACCUCCUCAACCAGCCGGUCACUCUUCAGUGUGGACACAGUUACUGUAGAAACUGUAUAGAGAGCCACUGGGACAAGGAUGAAGAGAAGGGUGUGCACAGCUGUCCUCAGUGCAGACAGACCUUCGGCCCAAGGCCUGCCCUUGGGAAGAACACCAUGCUGGCUCAGAUUGUGGAGAAUCUGAAGACAACAGGGAACCAGCAGGCCUCUCCCUCUGCAGAUGUGUUCUACGCUGGCCCCACAGAUGUGGCCUGUGAUUUCUGCACAGGGUCUCAACCCCACAAAGCCCUUAUGACCUGUUCAGUGUGCCUGGCCUCCUACUGCUCCACUCACCUCCAGCCUCACUACACUGUUCCUGUGCUGAAGAAGCACAAGCUGGUCUCUGCCACGGCCCGACUGCAGGAGAAGAUGUGCUCCAGUCAUGACAAGCUGAUGGAGGUGUACUGUCGUACAGACCAGCAGUGUAUCUGCUAUCUGUGCACCAUGCAUAAACAUAAGGGACACGAUACAGAGUCGGCUGAAGCAGAAAGGGCUGAGAUACAGAAACGGCUGGAUGUUAGUCGCCAGAAAGCCCAGCAGAGAGUCCAGGAGAGAGAGAAGGAGAUUAAGAAGCUGAGACAGGCUGUGGAGGAUCUGAAGAGCUCUGCACAGACCGCAGUGGAGGACAGUGAGAGGAUCUUCACUGAGCUGAUGGCCUCCAUUGAGAGGAGGCGCAGCGAGGUGAAGGAGCUCAUCAGAGCCCAGGAGAAGACUGCAGUCAGUCAGGCUGAAGAGCUUCUCCUGCAGCUGGAGGAGGAGAUGGAAGAGUGGAGGAGGAGCGAUUCUGAGCUGGAGCAGCUGUCACACACUGACGACCACAUCCAUUUCAUUCAGAAAUUCAAGUCUCUCUCCGUCCCGGCUGGUUCUCUGGACUCACCGAGCAUUGUUGUGCGUCCUCUGCGUUACUUCAGAGAUGUGACUGAUGAUGUGUCUGUCCUCAAAGACAAACUAGACCACAUCAUGAAACACACAUGGUCCAGGAUUUCAUCUACAGCGUCUGCUGUAGAUGUCUUACUGCCACCAAAACCAAAGACCAGAGAAGACUGUUUACUGUAUUGUUGUCCUCUCACACUGGAUGUGAACUCUGCCCAUCAAUGUCUCUCCCUGUCAGAGGACAACAGGAAGGUGACAUGGACACCACGAGGCUUGAAUUAUCCUCCUCAUUCAGACAGGUUUACUGACUAUAGCCAAGUGCUGUGCAAGGAGGGCUUAUCUGGACGCUGUUAUUGGGAGGUGACAUUAAGUGGUAGUAUUGUUAUAGCAGUGUCCUACAAAGACAUCAAGAGAUCAUCACAUGACUCAAGAUUUGGUGAUAAUGACAAGUCCUGGAUGUUGAUCUGCUCUGGGGGUUGUUACAGGUUCAGACACAAUGGUGUAGAAACAAAGGUGUCAGGUCCUUCCUCCUCCAGAGUAGGAGUGUUCCUGGACCACAAGGCAGGUGUUUUGUCUUUCUACAGCGUCUCUGACACAACGACCCUCCUCCACAAAGUCAACACCACUUUCAUUCAGCCUCUCUAUCCUGGACUUGGACUGUGGGGUAGUAAACCGGUUGCAGAGGUGAUGAAGGUCUGGUAG